GUCGUUGACGUCAUGGCAAGCACGGCGUGGAAGAUCGCCACCACAACACAAACCGGCACAGAAUACAACAUAAAGCAUGAGCUGCUCUCUUCUAGUUCAAAAAGGCCAAUAAAUCCUUCACCGACCUCGCAAAUUCCCGAUUUCACUUUGAACAGAUCAAUUACAGUCUCUGCCCAUCACAUUCCGUAUUUCCAAUCUCAAGCCCACGAAAUCACACACAAUGUCUGAGUCCCACGUCUCCAAGAGUGGCGAGUUCCAGGCGGUGCCCCAGAAAGCUCAGCAUCAAAACCUUCCUGGACUUGAGAAGAAGAUGGAGCCGUCCAGCGAAACGACGAAGCUGGAGGGUGCGGAGCAAGCCUUCGAGUAUCUCGCGGCCGGCAAGCUGAAGGGCUGCAAGGCCUUGAUCACUGGCGGAGAUUCCGGCAUCGGUCGUUCGGUCGCAGUACUCUUCGCGCGCGAGGGUGCCGAUGUCAGCAUUGUCUAUCUUCCCGAGGAGCAGCCGGACGCCGAAGACACCAAGAAGAUGGUGGAGAAGGAAGGCCGCAGGUGCCUGCUGAUCCCCGGCGAUCUGAUGGACAACAAGACAUGCAAGGAAGCGAUCCAGAAGCACGUCGACUCCUUCGGCGAGAUUCAUGUGUUGGUCAACAACGCCUCCAAGCAGAUCAUGUGCGACGACUUUGCGGAGAUCGACCUCGACAACGUCGAGAGCACGUUCCGGAGCAACAUCCUGCAGAUGUUUGCCAUGACGAAGUUUGCCCUGCCGCAUAUGAAGAAGGGCGGUUCGAUCAUCAACACAACCUCCACCGUGGCCUUUCGCGGCACGUCCUCCAUGGUCGACUACGCGGCCACCAAGGGCGCCAUCGUGUCCUUCACGCGCGCUCUGGCGAAGAACCUGAUGCCCAAGGGCAUCCGUGUCAACGCGGUGGCGCCCGGUCCCGUCCACACACCGCUGCAGCCAGCCUCCCGGCCGGCCGAGCAGAUGGAAGGCUUUGGCGGGAAGUCGCAGAUCGGCCGUGUCGGGCAGCCCAGCGAGAUCGCGCCGAGCUUCGUGUUUCUGGCCAGCAAGGACUCCGAGUUGUAUUACGGACAGGUGCUGCAUGCUUAUCCUUUGGGCGACUAAAAGUCUGAUAAUCGAGCGGCGGGAGAAACGGUCGUUGCCACAUGGCGAACCUGAUAUGGGAAAUUGAAACUCAUGAUAUUACGGACGGUUAUGGUCGUAUCAUCGUGGUAUUGCGGCAGUCUGUCGUUCUAGUACCCUGUGCAAUGUGUUGGCAUGGAACCAGUUCCGUUUCCAAGC